UACAAGCAACUCUUUAAAAGCUUCCCCUAAUACACCCCAUUUUAGAUCCAAUUUCCACUCAGUGGGAACUGUGUCUUUAUUUGGCAGGAGCAUCUGCAGAUGUAAACUCGGCCGUUUUAAUACUUUGCAAAAAGACUCAAUCAUACAUUUAUAUAUUUUUUUGUUCACAGAAAAGUUAAAAAGUUACAAAUAAUGGCAAUGCUGAAUCAUUUAACGACAGCAUGCUGGAAGAACGUCCAGAGCGACCGGCUAAAGAAGCAGCUGUUUUUCAUUUGUCGCGCCUUGCAUAAGUCAGCAGCCAGCGAUGCUUUUGGGAUCUCCGCGGCUGGGGAAGGAGCCAUGCCUGAAAGUGUUAUCUCAUCGCCGGGUGUCGGCGAGAAGCCCAGAAUCAUGAGCCUGGAGGAGAUGCCUGGACCGAGCACCCUCUCAAAUUUGGUUGAGUUCUUCUGGAGAGACGGGUUUAGCAGAAUUCACGAAAUACAGAUGGAGCACAGUAGGAAGUUUGGAAAAAUAUUUAAGUCCCGUUUUGGGCCCCAGCUGGUGGUCUCGGUGGCGGACCGUGACCUGGUGGCUGAAGUGCUGAGGGCCGAGGGCGUGGCCCCUCAGAGAGCGAACAUGGAAUCCUGGAAGGAGUACAGAGACAUGAGAGGUCGUUCCACUGGCCUCAUUUCAGCUGAGGGAGAAGAUUGGCUUAAGAUGCGGAGCGUGCUCAGGCAGCUCGUCAUGCGCCCCCGUGAUGUAGCAGUGUUCUCUGAUGAUGUUAACGAAGUGGUCGAUGAUCUUAUCAAGAGAGUUCGUGCUUUGCGCACCCAGGAGUCUGACGGAGCAACUGUCCUCAAUGUCAAUGACCUCUUCUUCAAGUAUGCCAUGGAAGGUGUGGCAGCCAUAUUGUAUGAGUCCCGACUGGGCUGUUUGGAAAAUAAAAUUCCCCAGGAAACCCAAGACUACAUCGAAGCGCUGCACCUCAUGUUCAGCUCCUUUAAGACAACCAUGUAUGCCGGAGCGAUCCCCAAGUGGCUACGACCUGUCUUCCCCAAACCAUGGGAGGAGUUCUGUUGCUCCUGGGAUGGCCUCUUCAAAUUCAGUCAGAUUCACGUCGAUAAGAGACUCUCGGAGAUCAAGGCCAAAUUGGAGCGGGGAGAGGAGGUGAAGGGGGGCCUUCUCACACACAUGCUUGUUACCAAGGAGAUGAACUUGGAGGAGAUCUAUGCCAAUUUAACGGAGAUGCUGCUCGCUGGGGUCGACACGACAUCCUUCACCCUUUCCUGGGCCAGCUACCUUUUAGCGCGGCACCCACAUAUACAGCAGCAAAUCUAUACAGAAGUGACGAAAACUCUUGGACCCGGAGCAGUUGCCACAGCAGACGAUGUCCCUCGCCUGCCUCUUAUCAGGGGGCUGGUCAAAGAGACACUCAGGCUUUUUCCAGUUCUCCCUGGCAACGGACGGAUUACCCAGGAUGACUUGGUGGUGGGCGGAUACUUCAUCCCCAAAGGGACUCAGUUGGCCCUUUGUCACUACUCCACGUCUUUUGAGGAAGAGAACUUCCAUGAUGCUCUUAACUUCCAGCCGUCUCGCUGGAUACGGAAGGAUUCCACAGAUCGAGUGGACAACUUUGGCUCGAUUCCCUUUGGCUACGGCAUCAGGAGCUGCAUCGGCAAGAGAAUAGCUGAGUUAGAGCUGCAUCUGGCUCUCACACGGCUCAUUCAAAAGUUCCACAUCUGCAUUUCUCCUCUCACUUCUGAUGUCAAGUCCAAAACCCAUGGCCUGCUCUGCCCUGCCGGCCCCAUUAACCUGCAGUUCAUUGACAGAGAAAACUAGUCUCACACUCCUCUCCACGUGGUAUACUGUACUGUGUUUGAAAUGUCGAUUUAUUUUUAUCUUAAACUACAUUGCUUUUAUACCUUUCUCUGUUAACAGAUUUCAGAUACCAAGCGGGACUGUUUUACUUGUAAAGAUAGAGAGUUUUUCUCAAAAGUAUUUUGUUUAUAGGUUGUUUAGUGUUUGGACUGUUUCCAUUAGAUGUAUUCAAAAUAGUGUGCAGGAAGAAAAUAAUUAAUACUCACACUCCCUUUCCUGCCCAAGUUCAAUCACUGAUCUGUUUAUCAAAAUAACAGGUACACCAAAUCUGUUUUCAUAUAUUCAAUUUAAAAAUUAUAAUCAUAGGAAUGUUUUUUUAUAUGAAAAGGAAUUUGAAUAUCCUGUGAUUCAGAAUAAGUAACUGUUAACUAAAUGAAGUCUAAAGUCCAAAAGUGGAUUAUUUACUCAACUAAUUAAAUGCAUUAUGUAUUUCUUUAUUAUUGUUUUUCUUUUUAGUAAAUACAAUUAUUUAACCAGAUUAUCUGAUACUUUAGGAUUUUAUUAGGAUACUGUACGUAACAUGAAAGAGGUAAGAGACCAUUUGUAGGAUUGUGUGGUUUUAAAGGAUUACUGUCGUUUGUAUAGAGGAAAAAUAAACUUUUAAUAUUUUUGUAUUUAACUGCUCUUUUUUUCUUUCUGUACCAUUUUUUACUGUAGCACGAAUAAAACUUUGGAAAACA